CCUUAGAAUGUUAACUUCGCACUGGGUGCAUCUCAGAUGAACUUUAUGUUUACAUGAUUCUUCCUUAAUCAAUGUCUUCGGAGGUACAUGCAUGCUGCACACAGUUCAGACUGUUUUACAUAAAGGUUUGAAGUAAUCCAUAGGAAUUCUUUAUUCGCGCUGUAAGAUCCAAAGUCAGGAUAAAAUCUAAACUACCGAGGAGCUUUUGUUGUGAUAUUACUCUACACGUUCCGGAGUAUUGACAAUGGGAACAGCUCUGAUUUAUGAUGAGGAGAUGACCAAAUACAAACUGCUCUGGGUUGACCCGGCAUGUAAGAUCGAGGUUCCCGAGCGGCUCUCGGUCAGUUACGAGGCCCUGGUCAGGACGGGUCUGUCUGACCGCUGUGUCUCUGUGCCGCCUCGUGAGGCCUCAGAUGCAGAGAUCCUGCUCGUCCACAGUGAGGAAUAUCUGGAGGGUGUGAAAAAGACUCCGCACAUGACUUUGGAGGACUUGAAGGAGUUCACCCUUCAGUACGGGGACGUCUACUUCCACCCAAAUAUCUACCACUGCGCCAAGCUGGCUGCAGGCUCUGCUCUGCAACUGGUGGACAGUGUCAUGACAGGGAAGGUCAGGAAUGGCAUGGCUCUGGUUAGACCGCCGGGACACCACAGCAUGCGCAGUGCUGCCAGUGGUUUCUGUGUGUUCAACAAUGUGGCCAUAGCAGCGCGCUACGCUAAGCAAAAACAUGGAGCCAAAAGGGUGCUAAUAGUAGACUGGGACAUACAUCACGGUCAAGGGGUGCAGUAUUGCUUUGAAGAUGAUCCGAGUGUUCUGUACUUUUCUUGGCACCGCUACGAGCAUCAGGAAUUCUGGCCCAAUCUUAGGGAGUCAGACUACGAUUGCGUCGGCAAAGGAAGCGGAGCCGGCUACAACAUAAAUGUGCCAUGGAAUGAGGUGGGAAUGGAAAACGGCGACUAUCUGUCGGUCUUCUGCCAUGUCCUCCUGCCAGUAGCUUAUGAGUUUUGCCCAGACUUAGUUUUGGUGUGUGCAGGCUUUGACUCGGCUAUUGGCGACCCAGAGGGAGAGAUGUGUGCCACUCCGGACAUCUUCGCCCACUUAACUCACCUCCUAAUGAACCUUGCUGGAGGAAAACUGUGUGCUGUGCUGGAGGGAGGCUACAACUUGACUUCUCUCGCACAAUCCGUGUGUCAGACUGUUCAGACUUUGCUCGGCGAUCCGCUGCCUCAGCUCGCAAACGUCAGGAGUCCCUGCGAAAGUGCGCUCGAGUCUCUUCAGUGUGUCCGAUCGGUUCAGAGGCGGUACUGGUCCAUCCUGAAGCAUGCAGCCGAUUCACCUACGACAGACGUCAGCACCAAACGGAUCAAACUGGCAAAAGCAGAGGAAGAAAAAGCAGAGACGGCAGAGGAAGAAAGAGGCCAGGAGGAAAAAGUUUGGCCUGAGCCUGCAGAGCGUUUGCGUCCUCCCGUUUGUUCUGCGUCGGUGCUUCCUGACGACGCGGCUUGUCCAGACGGAUUAAAACGCCUCGUCUCCUCCAAAGAUCCCGAACCGCUUCUAGUCAGCAGAAUAAAGAACCGUUCCACGGAAGAUGCGGGUGAUGCGGAUGGUGUCGCCACCUUCUCGAGACUUUACACCCUGAUUGAGAAAAUGAGAACAAACGAGAUUGGCAACGGCGUAGCGCUGGUCCCCGAUGUCGCCGCAGCCAUGGAGUGUGUUGUCCAGGAUCUCGGCUCUGACCUCGUCAGCCGGGUUUUAGUUGUUUGUGUCGGCAAAGAGGAGCUGAAUUGCGCCACGGCUGAUGGGAAAAUGCUUGUACAAAUCAGCAGUGAAGACAAACAGGAACAGAAAGGCAAAUAUUAUAUUCCAGUGUGUUUAAAGAAGGGUUGUGCUGACACAGUAGGAUUCAUCCAGGCGGUCUUUGGUCUCCUCCUACCUCUGGGAUACGAGUAUGACCCCGGUCUUGUCCUUUUGGUUCGCAUGCCAGGAAGCGGAGUGGGCGACUGUAUGUGGCAGCAACUAAUUGGCCUGCUGAAGGGCUUCGCAAAGGGACACACUCUGGUUCUGAUGCAGACGAAUGAUGGGGCAUGUAUGGACCCUACUGCCUCCGCCCUCCUUGGGCACCCUGCGCCUCCUCUGCAGGAGCUUCUGACUCCGCUCCCAGACGAUGGAGGUGCUUUGGAGAGAAUGAGAGAGAGGCUGCAGGCUCACUGGAAAAUGCUGCAAACAACAGUAUCUUCAGGAAAUGGAGAGACUGCUAAAAGCUGAAGCCGUCCUGCUGCUGUUUGUCUUUGUGGAGCUGAUGGACGAUUUGACAUAUUUGACAUUCGGCAGCUAGUAAACCCCACACUCUGUUCAUUUUUAUAUGCAAAGUGCUGUUUUAUACUCAUUAUGUUUCAGUCAAUGAUUUUCAUACAUCCUUAAAUGUAUUUGUUCUAGCCAGUCUAAUGCUGUACGAGUGAAACUUUGGUCUGGUAGUUGCUUUUUUAUGAGAUGCUAGGCGGCUAACGACGUUGUACCUCUUGUGGCGUCUAAACGUCAUUUCCGGGGGUCUUCUUGGAUUGCACGUUCACCAGUUUAUUACAUUCCGACAAGACAAAACCCAACAACUCCAAAGAACACGACAACAGUAUUUACACGGACUUUGCCACGACGGUAACUUGAAUGCUCUUCUGGUUUUAACACAUCCCUAUUACGUGUCGCCCCGUGGCUCAUUUGAGCCCACAGCCCCCUCUAGUGACCAAACAGGGAUAUUACAUGUGACGCCUAUAACUGCUCUGUGAUAGAAAUACAAAAAAAAAAAAUAGUGAGAUGGUUUUUUGGUGAUUUUUCAUAUGUUGAAGCAAUUCAUCAGAUGUAAACCAAAAGUUUGGCACCUAUUUAUAAUUAAAACAGACCAUAUUAAUGAUGUG